AUGGGUAUUACUACAAUCGGGUCAUUGAACUACGACAUCGUUACUUUCACUGAUAGAGUACCGCAGGCCGGAGAGACUCUUCGAGGCAAUACUUUUGAGACCCAUGCAGGUGGGAAAGGGUUGAAUCAGACCAUUGCUCUCGCCAAAUUGAAACAGACUGGUGCCAAAUAUGAAAUUAGAAUGGUUGGUAGUGUCGGAAAUGACUCCUUUGGUAAACAAUUAAAAGAUCUUUUACAAGAAAGUGGCGUAGACACUACCAAGGUUCAAGUUAUAGAAAAGAAAAGUACUGGUGUGGCCACAAUUCUAGUGGAACAGAAAAACGGUGGACAAAAUAGAAUUAUUCUCACCGAAGGUGCCAAUGGUAAUAGCGUCUAUGACGAUGAUGACUUGAAAUCUAUCUUCCAAGGGGUCACUCUCAACAAUGAAAAACAAUUUGUGGUAUUCCAGAAUGAAAUUCCAGAUCCAUGCUCUAUCAUUUCUUGGAUUAAGAUAAACCAUCCCCAUUUCCAAAUUGUCUACAAUCCCUCUCCAUUCUAUCCGAUCACUAAGGAGCAAUGGUCUUUGGUGGAUGUACUCGUAAUUAAUGAAGUGGAAGCUCUACAAAUCGUGAAAGCCAUCUAUGAGGAGAAGGAAUAUGAAUUUUACGCCAAAGAGAUCGAAAAAGACUAUGUAGGAGGUUACAAACAAAUUUGUGAGGAAUUUCAGCGUCAUUUGGUGAGCCAAACCAAUUCUGCUAUUGCCGUCGUGACGUUGGGUGAAAAGGGCUCCAUUUACGCUUCGAAAGAAACUCCUACCGUUGGAUUUACCCCUGCCGUCCCAGACGUGAAUGUGGUGGACACUACCGCUGCCGGUGAUAUAUUUUUAGGCGCUCUGGUAACACAAUUGCACCAGAAUGUUGACCUGGAGACUGCAAUUCAGUUUUCUACAAAGGCUAGUUCUAUUGGAAUUCAAAAAGCAGGUGCCGCUGAGAGCAUCCCCACAUUCGAGGAAGUCGCCUGA